AUGAGCAUUGAUAUUGACGACAUUCUAGCUGAGCUGGAUAGGGACACUACAGCUGUUGAACAAAAUGCUUCUUCAUACCCAGACCAAAGCGAUCGAACUCAAGGCAAUGAUGUCUCUCAGAUAAGACCAGCAGAUAAGGCGGUUGACCCUGUGGCUCCCACACAGUUUAACAAAAUUGACGACUAUCAAAAGCUAAUUACACAUUGGAAGAAUGAACGUAUGAGUCCGGAGCUGCUUCCAUAUCCACAUCAUCUCAUGACUAGGACAUUAAUAAGGAUUCAAGAAAGAAUUGAACUAAUAGAAACACUAUCAAUGGGAUACUUAGAAGAUAAUCAAGAGUUAACUGUCGAUUCAAAGCUACCACUUUUAUGCAUGGAAGCAGAACUUGAGAGAUUGAAGUUCCUAGUUCGAUCUUUCAUCAGAUGCCGGUUAAGCAAAAUUGACAAAUACAGCAUUUACCUAAGACAACAAUCCGAACUACCCAAUAAUGCGGGCCUCAGCAGACUAGAUUUAUUGAUGUCCAAAGAAGAGGUGAAGUACCAUAUGAAGCAUUCUGACAUAUUACUAAAACUGUUUAACAACGCAGUACUUAAGCACUUACCAGAAGAACUGCAAGCCGUUAACGAUACUGAGGGUUCCAUCAGUAUGAUUGAUGAACCCGAUUGGAAUAAAACUGUAUUUAUACUAGUUUGUGGUGGGGUAGUUGACGAAAGUGGUAUUGAUUCGAAAUUAACGACCGAUGAUGAUGGAAAACACUGUUACUCAGUGAUUAUUGAAGAUUUAAAUGAAGAAAUUUACUUAUUAAUCGGGGCAGUAUACGUAAUACGUUAUAGUGUAAUACGAGAUCUCAUGACUGAGGGACGAGUAGUUUUAAUAUAA